UUGGGUCAAGGCCAUCUUUAUUGCAGUUCUCCCAGUUUCCUGGAGGAGCGUGAGGAUUUUUCUAGGUGUUCCGGUGACAAGAAAAAUUAUUAACGUCGGCUACAAAAGAUCACCUUUGCAAGCACUGAAUCUAAGGGAAACUAAGACAAAGCGCCCGCGUCACGAUGUCGAGCUCAAGCCAACAUGUUAACGUCAUUCCCGAUGAGCAGCUAGCGAUGCUCAAAGAGUUUAUCUCUUUGUGUCAAUUUAAGCCUGAAGUCUUCAAACUUCCAGAAUUAAAAUUCUACAAAGAUUACUUGGAAAGCUUGGGAGCUAAGGUCCCAUUCACCAUGAAAGAGCCUCCCAACUACGAUCCUCCACCAGAGUCAGAUACUCAACCCCAGCCUGAGCCCAAGCACGAGCCACAAGAGGAAGAGGAGGGGGAAGAGGAAGAUGAGGUGGAGAGCGAUGUGGAGCUGUCCAUGGAAGGAGUCAUCGAGGAUGAUGACGAAGACAUGCCAGAGUAUGGAGACGAGAACAUCGAAGUGACGGAUGAAAUGAUGGAUGAAGCAAAUGACAAGCGCUCUGCAGCACUGGAUGCGACAGCUGAAGGUCGCUUGGAAGAUGCUAUUGACUUGUUCACGGAUGCCAUCAAAUUAAAUCCACAGUCAUCGCCUCUGUAUGCAAAGCGUGCAAGUGUUUACUUGAAGAUGAAAAAGCCCAAGAAGGCAAUUCAUGAUUGCACCAAAGCCAUAGAGCACAAUUCUGACUCUGCGCAAGGCUACAAGUGGAGAGGAAAGGCCUACAGGCUCCUGGGUCGCUGGGAGGAAUCCUACCAUGAUUUGACCUUGGCCUGUAAACUGGACUAUGAUGACGAUGCAAAUGCCCUUCUCCAUGAGGUUACAGCUAAUGCCAAAAAGAUUAUGGAGCACCGCCGCAAGUAUGAGCGCAUUCGUGAGGAAAAGGAUCUGAAGAAGAGAAAGGAGAAAAUCAAGAGAGCAAGGGAGGAGUAUGAGAGACAGAAGGAGCAACAAAGCAGCAACGCAGAAGCUGAUGGGGGAUUUGCCGGUUUCCCAGGAGCUUUCCCAGGCUCAGCCGGAGGUAUGCCAGGAAUGCCAGAUCUCUCCCAAAUCCUGAAGGACCCAGAGCUGUUGCAAGCCUUUCAGGACCCUGAGGUGUCCCAGGCAUUCCAGGAUGUAGCCAUGAACCCAGCCAACAUCUCCAAGUACCAGAACAACCCCAAGGUACAGGCCGUCAUCAACAAGAUGGCCACCAAGUUUGGUUCAGGGGAAGACGGCCCGGAGGCUGGGGAUUUCUCCAGGGGAUUUCCCGGAGCGGGCAUGGCAUGAGACCAUAUUUCGUCCGACACAGACUGAACUCUGUAUGGAACCAUGCAGAAAACCAUGCUGAAAACUGGUGGAUCAUUCUAAUACAUCCGCGUUUUCUUUGUUUUGUUUUCAAUAUUCGUUUGUCAGAAGUUCGGUAAAUGCGUUUUGUUUUAACUCUUUAUCUCCGAGGGGGGUAAACCCACUAUGCCGGGCUCAUCUUCUGGUACGAAAUCUAAAAGUGACAUAUGCAUCUCUAAAUUGGUCAUUAAUUCAAAUCAAGUGAAUCUAUCUUGAUAGUUCUUCAUCUAAUGAAUGAACUCCCAGUAAGAGAGACCUGUUUUCAGCUGUUGCCGAAAAGCAAUUGGACGUGGAAACUGUUAUAAUGGAAUGUGCCCGAGCCCAGCGGCUCACUGGCACAGUGGUUCCAACCGCAAGCCGUUGAAAGUGGCUUGCCGGAGAUAAUGAGUUAAGAGGACAAGUCUGUUCCUCAGAAGUCCUAAGAAUCUACAGACUAGGUAGGUUAUAGGAGGAGCUUAAAUGUUUUGUUACAUACAAGGUGUAUGGUACUUUUUUUUCUGUUGAUUGCAAUAGAUAAGUGUGAAUAUCUACAAGUAGCCUAUGUCCUAGCUGAAUAUUUUGAAGAAAAUAUUGCCUUUCCAAAUGGGAGGAAAAAAAUCAAUUCUGCUCCUCAUUUUGCUGUUUAAACUCCGUAUAUGACAGUGGGUUUGCCUGUCUGCUCUGUGUGACUGGAUUUGCUGAUUUUUCACGUCGAGUCCUAAUUUUUCACAUUGUUUCAAUAUAUCCAUCCAUUGCAAGCACAUCAUUCCGCAUGGUCAUAACUUUCGGACUGGCUGUUGAAUCCAUAUUUUUAUGCCUGCUGACAAUAUGUUUCUUUUUAAAACUUGUUCUUAUCUAAAAGAAACUUUCAUGCAUAUUAUUUUGUGAUAUUGAUCCCAUAGUGUUUUUCUCUCAACAAGAAAAAUGUCUUUAGUUUUACAUUACAAAACCUUUAUACAACACAUCACUGUUAAUCCGUGCAGUUGUGCUUGUAGAAUUUUUUAGCUCCUAGGUUGCACAGUUUGAAGCACUUGUUGAUAACGUACCUUUGUAUUUGCGGACCAAUAGACAGUGGUGUGUAUGUUUGUAGUCAAGUAACUUCAUGACAUGUGGAAAUCUGCUUCCCUAGGAAUCAUGUUUUGAUUUAUACAACGUUAUUGCACAAUUCUUCACUCUGUGGUAAGUCCUGUUAAGAGCUUUUUAAUUAAGUGUUUGAACAAAUGCUUUGUCUUUAUUUGUACUGUAAGUUUUCGUUUGAUAAAAUGUCUGUUUUCUUCUGUCUUUUACAUCCUGGGAUUUUCAUAUAAUACUUUUAAUCAUUCGUUGUUUUUCAGGGGUUCAGUGGAAAUGUUUCUUUUUAGAAUUUAAAUUAAUAAAGCAAUGUCAGCGUUGUAUGUUGUGGGAUUAAUAAAACCACCAAUCAUUCACUCUUGUAAGACGGACAGUGAAUGCACUUGUAAAA